ACAGUUUUCCGGCCUAGUUCGCGGCCGCGCCGGCAGUGUUUCCCUAGGCGCCAGUGUCUGCACAUUUCGUCCUUCCUGGCGGUAGCUGCCUUGCUUUUUGGUAGAGGCGUGGAGUGGGUGGCCGCGGCCUCUGGAGUGGGAUGAACCGCGCUCUCGGCAGAGGCAGCGGAACCGAGCAGGAGCCAUGGCCAGUACAGUGGUAGCAGUUGGACUGACCAUUGCUGCUGCAGGAUUUGCAGGCCGUUAUGCUUUGCAAGCCUUGAAGCAUAUGGAGCCUCAAGUCAAACAAGUUUUUCAAAGUCUACCAAAAUCUGCCUUCAGUGGUGGCUAUUACAGAGGUGGGUUUGAACCCAAAAUGACAAAACGGGAAGCAGCAUUAAUACUAGGUGUAAGCCCUACUGCCAAUAAAGGAAAGAUAAGAGAUGCUCAUCGACGAAUUAUGCUUUUAAAUCACCCAGACAAGGGAGGAUCUCCUUAUAUAGCAGCCAAAAUCAAUGAAGCUAAAGAUUUACUAGAAGGUCAAGCUAAAAAGUGAAGUAAAUAUAUGAUGAAUUUUAAAGUUCUUAUCAGUUAUGUGUACAAGUACCAGCUUUUUAUAAAAUGUCCCAAAGCCACAAAUUUUAGAAAUGAUUUAGCACAAAUUAAGUCAAACCCUUGUAUCAGUUUGUUUAAAUUGGAGGAUUUUGUCAGAUUAUAGAAGUUACAGAUUACUGCUCAGUAAUUAUGGGCAAAUACAUACCAUUUGAAUAGAAAUAUUUUUCAUUAAUCAUUUAGCAAGUAAUACUUACUCAAGGCAAAGUGAACAUGAAGGUCCCUGCUCUCAAGGAAGUCCAAUCUAAUGGGGGACUGAUAAUCUAGUAAUUAAAAUUCAAUGUGAUAAAUACUAUGAUGGAAAUUGGCAGAGGUUACAGGAGACUCAUCUCAUUGGGAAGAAAGGUUGUCAAGGGAGAAAACUGGCUCAGUGGCUUGGAGCUGUGAAUUUAAAAAUUUAGCCACAAUUUGACCUAAAAAAAAUUCAUGUAGGUAUGCGUAUGUCACUGACAGGAUUCAGAUUUCAUACAUUAAAAACUUGAUUAAAAAAGACGAGUAUGUCUUGUUUUUAAUUGAGAAAAAUAUUUAUGUUGUAUUCAGCUAGUCCCUUCAAAAAAACAAAAUUUUUAACAUAAUCAAAAGUUUUGCAUUUGUUAUGACCAGGGUUAAACACAAUUAGCUGAACUGAAAGAUGCCCUCAGUCAUCAAAAUACUUGGCUUAGACUUAAUUUAUACCAUGAUGAAUGUACCGAAUUUUGCUGUGUGUACCAUGUACCCACAUUCUUGUGUGCAUUAUACAUGGGAUUAUUUAGGACCAUUAUUAUACUCAUGGUAUGUAAUCAUGUAUAAUGCACACCCUUUUUUCCCCUCAAAAAUUUGGGAAGAAAAGUGCACAUUAUACAUGGCAAAAUACAUAAAUGACAUAUGAGAGCAAAUAGCUUACUUUUGUCUAACAUAUGUAAAGAUCUUAACCAAAAGACUUGUAUAAAACACCCAAGCUAGUUUGUGGUCAUCUCCAGGGUACUUAGUAUGUUUAGUUUUAAGAUAAUGUGUGGCUCAGUGGAUUGAGCAAUGGACUGGGAACCAAAGCAUCACAGGAUUGAUUCCCAGUCAAGGGCACGUGCCUAGGUUGUGGGCCAGGUCCCCAGCAGGGGGCACACCAGAGGCAACCAGUUAUUUCUCCUCCCUUAACCUCUAAGAAAACCUUUAAAAAAUAAUAUAUGCUUCCUACCAUCUAAACUUCAUUAAAUCAUCUUAAAAGUUAUUAGUAGAGAACACACAGUCAAGGCAACACAUCUAACCAUAUUUAGUGUUGGAAUGUUUAGGGGCAAUGUUUCAGAGUUCGGGUGUACCUCUUUUGGUUUAUUUUCCAUCCUGUUUCCUUGUUUAAAAUUUGAUCAAGUCUAUUUGUCAUGAUUAGGCAGCCACGGCUUUUGUGUAGGAGAAAUCUUUCUCGUUAUUUCCAGGGGAAAGAGGUAUGAAGGCUCAGUUCAUUUUUGUCAUUCCAAGUAGUUUAAAAAGUUUUAUCAAGUUACUGAGAACACUGAUUUAGCAAAUAGUGUACCGCUUUUCCUAGGGGGGGAUAUAUAGGUUCCUGUGAGCCUCUGGUCACAUUUUUGUCAACCUUCAAUGUUUAACCUUGUUUUAUGCAAGUUUUUAAGACACCUUACUUUGAUGUAUUGCUGAUUCCUUAACAUUAAACUCAUAGCCACUACCAACUCAUGGCCACACAUCACACAGCCUUUUUGUGUUUGGGAACAUGAGGCACUUCUCUGAGCUUGGGGGUCAUUUUAAAUCAGUAAGCACAAAAGUUGAAAACACUGGGCACUAAAUGGAUCAUGAAAAGGAUACUUGUUUACAGUAUAAAAACUGAAGUAAGGCAGAGCAUCACUUUUUGGACAGAUAUCAGGCAAUUCAAAUUUUUCACCACUCUGCAUGUCCAUAAAUGACUGAAAACAACUCAAGUGUUGAUUUUGGGGUUACAUAUAAAUUUUAGUGAGCAGGUAAACAUGCAAAUAAGGAAUCUGCUAAUAAUGAGGAUCAGUGUAUUGGCUUGCUAACCUUUUAUUUCCAUCCUUUGGACUAAUUAAAAAAAUGUUUCUAGGACCAGGAGCUUUAAAGGAAAAAAAUGGUAUCAGAACUUAAAAGCAAAUUUUUCAAAGACAAAUACAAAGUGAGAUAAUAUGCCAACAGGCAAUUAAGCAUGAACUAUAAAAAGGAAAGCUUGAUGUAGUAGGUGUGUCUGAGUUAAUGUAAAUAGCAAAACUGUUUAGAGACAUGAAGACAACAGAGACCACUUUAAUACUAAAGAGCACAACAGAACCCAUUUUUCCUUCCCAGUAAUCAGCUGUUUCCUCUAUGUGACUUUAUCAGGGAGAAGAAUCCCCCCUAGGUUACUGAAGGCUAUUAAGCAAACCUACCAUUUCUCUUGGGGGAAAAAAGUUAUCUAUAUGACGGUUCUAGAUCAUAGUAAAUAACUGAUGGAAGUAUCAUCUGUAUCUUGUUAAUGGUAUUUCCUUAUGAAACACUUGAUGUGAAAUGCUAACAUUAACUUACAAUGUACCAGCAUCACUCUACACAUUUUCUCUGUACAGUAAAAGUACACCCUUAAUGUUAGCUAUAGGUUCCAUGACUUUAAAUGAAAUGACGCACAGCAAAACCAAGUUUUACCAUAGGCUACUGAUACAAACAAAUGAGUUCCUGUGGUAUUUCAACAUUCUAAUAUUGAAUGAAACAAUCUAGGACCUACUGUAAAUGAAGUUUAAUGAAGUUAAAGUAACUUGCCCAAAGUAACAUGCUGGGUGAGAGAGCUGAUCUUUCUCAAACCCAAAGCACCAUACUGUUAACUACUGCAGUGUGAUACCUUUCACUAAUCUGACAACCCAGAUGUUUUCCUUGGUGGUACACCAAGUUCAGUCUGGUACUUUUCAUUACCCAUCUAUCUAGCUUGGGACCUUUUUCUGUCAUAUGGUGCUUACAAAUGGGAGACGUUUUUAAGGGGAGAAAGGUGUGGUUGGACACAUGAAGGGAAUAGGAAGAUGCAGGUUUCAAGUCAAACCUCUGCAGUAGUCAGAUAACUCGGAGCAGGCCAUCUGUGUGCUCAGGGUUCUGCAUCUGUUAAGAGGAAAAAUAAUAGCUAUCUUGAAAAUUGGGGAUCCCUCCACAUUUUAUAGGGAGGGAAACAAAAGCCAGAGCAAGUAUUUGAGGUAACAUAUGUAUUAGUCCUCAAUAAAUGCUUUUGGGGAGUUCACACCCAUAGUCUUACGUAGAUCUGGCAUGUCAGAAUUUUAAUUUAUCUAGCUCCUUCCCUUUUGCCUGUGGGGACAUUAGAUGAGCCCUACACUGCACUUUAUAAAAACUGGUGAUGAAAGUGGGCUAUGAGUGGCCCUUGAAUUUAAAUCUUUUCCCACUUUUAGAAUUUUAAAAGUCUCUUGCCUUCAAGUAUUUUCCAAAUGAUGGGAAUACCUUUGGAAGCUUUAAACA